AUGUCUGAACAAAGUCGUCAUAGAUUGGCCAACAGCCACAACUACCAGGGAGUUUGGGGCCCUCCUACCAGCAGCGCAAACUUCUGCGAGGAGGACUAUGACGUUACGCGCUACAUUGCAGAGUUUAUGAACUCGGCCACGAACUUGGCCUACAUCUAUUAUGCGCUGGUGCACAUGUAUGGGCACAGGAGGCGGGGUUCAUGGUCGCCAAACUACGACUUCAUGUCUGUCUCCAUGAUCAUUCUGGGCAUCUCGUCAACCUUGUUUCACUCCACGAACCGCCAGACAAUGCAAUUCGCUGACGAGCUCGCCAUGCUUGUUCUCGCGUGGGCCAUAUUCCAUGCCAUGUGGACUAGUGGGCCUGCUAGCACAAGAGACGGCCCUUCGUCCUUGUAUGAGCGCCCCAUCAAGAUUUUCAUGGCACUCUUCUUCCCAGCGUUCGGAGCUUUCUAUGUAUACACGGGCAAGCUCGUCUACCAUUAUGUGUGCUUCUUCGGACUAGUGAUCCUUAUCAUCAUGAGGGGAUACUAUCUUUUCUGGCUGAGGACUCCGUCCUUCCCCGAGGAGAAGCGCAAGGACUGGAGGUGGCGUGGUCGCAAGGCCCUGGCCAUCUUGGUGCUCGCCUACGUCCUAUGGAACAUCGAUCUUGAGUUCUGCACCGAGCUCAGGGCUUUGCGAACUCGCAUGCGUCUGCCAUGGGCAUGGCUAUUGGAGUUGCAUGGAUGGUGGCACAUAUUCACCGCAACCAGUGCAGCCUGGUAUAUGGAUAUUCUAAGAGAAGUCCAGGACGAAAUCGCGAAAGAGAAGCGGGUAUAA